AUGACGAGCUCUGCAGACGUGAUUAUUUUGUCAUCGUCUCCGAGUACUUCACCGAGUGUUCCGACGAGACUCUCCAGCAACACCGCGACGACGACAUCUUCUACCCCAUCCCCGUCGGAACUGUUCCUACCCCCAUCGCGCUCUCGGUUCUUCGACGUGCCCGUUAGGAAAGACGACGCGUCUAAGAAGCAACGGCCCACAACGACAAAGACCGGUCCUUCGGAGCCCAAAAAGAAGGUUGCUGCGAGCAAACCGCGACAGAAGGCGAAGAAGGUUACCAAUGAGCCGACACACGACGUUAUCGAAGACCUAGAGCCCGAAUCCCUUGAUUCCAGGAAAAACGUUGCGAAGAAGACCGCGGUGUCCCAGAAAGGUCGCUCAAAGACGGGAGCACAUAAAAAGACCGGCAAUUUAAAAAUAGCUGGCAAGGUCACCAAAGCGAGCAAGAGUAACGACGCCCAAACGAAGCCUGCGAAGAAGGCUGGUCAGAAGGUGGCGACGGUGCGAUCGACCCCUGUUGACUCAAUAGAAGCCUCCGAACCGAAUGCAUCAUCUAAUUACGUGGGCAAAGAUGAGGCCCUGCAUCUGGACGAAGCUAUGACAAGACGUCGGGACUGGACACCACCUAGAGAGACGUUCCCUAAGCCGGUCGACGAGAUUGAUAACGGGUUCAUUCUUAACGAGAACCGUGAAUUUAGCGUAAAAGGGGGAUCUGGAAUUCUCGCAGAUUACAACUACUCCGCAUCCAGUUCAGAUGCACGAGAAAUCAAUGCAAAUGAAGGAGGUCCAACAAAACGAAGGAGAAUCGAGCUCGUGGACCCCCAAUGCCAACCCCUGCGCAGCCGCAGUUCAAGAGAGGACACUAUUGACAAAGGAGAUACAUCAUCAUCGUCUGGUCGACAGCCAAAACGGAAACCGAAAACCAAGAAGCGGUUUACCACCCUGACAGCUCGGAUCACAGCUCAGUAUACAUCGAACAAUGUCGAGGAGGAUCUUUCGGCAGACGACAUCACGCAAUACACCAUUAAAUCAAAGCCUCGAGGAAGCAAGAACGAAACAACCGGCAAAACCCCGGAAUUGAUUGUGCUUUCUCCAGAGGCAGCUUUCAAGGCGUUGGACCAGCAGGAUGUCGUCUUCGGUACUUGUAGCCAGCUGGAAAGAGACGAUUCGCCGGAGACAUUACGACAAAUGCAGCGGGCUAUUCGUGCAUCAGAAACCUUGGCUUUUGGGGAGGGAGUUCUAGGCUUCUCGCCGGCCCUUGGGCAGACUUCAAGAAGCCAAUCCGCAUCAGGUUCCAUUUCUCGAUUCACUGGCGCCAGGGAUUUGUGGAGCGUUGCUGGCCGAGACACCGGAGGUUCUUCGGUCCGCGCCGAAAAUGUGGACAACAUUGAUUUGACGGAGGCAUACUCUGUCGGCAAGAAGAAUAAUAAUUCGUCUCAAAGAACCUCAAAAUUAGAUGUCUCUGAUGAUGAGUGGUUGGAACUUGACAAUGAAAAGGCUGGUACUUCACGAGGUAAAGGUUUGCCAUCCACGAACCCCUUGGAGCCACCAGCCGAACCCAAUCCUCCAAGCGCUGUUUUGCUUGCACCGGCUGUGCAAGAUGCGCAGCCGACAGCAAUUAAAAGUCAGCAAACGACGGUGGCUUCGCAACAGGUCUCUAUGCCACAGUAUAGUGGGUUCACAGAUGCGGAGCUUUCGAGGCAGGUCGCUGCAUAUGGUUUCAAGUCUGUAAAAGGACGGAAGAAGAUGAUCGACCUGCUUCAGAAGUGCUGGGAGUCCAAGCAUGGCAAAGCUAGCCAACCUGUUGAAGUCUCUUCUGAACCCCAAUCAGUAUCACAUGCUGCGGUCCCAACCGUCGCGCCUUCUCAAACCACAUCGAGUCCCAAAUCCAAGUCCAAGGGGAAGACGAAAGCUGAAAAGACUGCGCCUACGUCCACUUCCACAUCAACGGAGGCUGCUACGCGAGCGGAGACUGUCGUGGUAACCAGCCCAAAAAGAAACCAGCAACCCUCAAAAGUCGGACGCCCCCCACCCUCUUCGUACAUAGAUAUCGAAGAAAUCCAAGACUCGGAGGACGAGGUCUUUCUGUCACCGAGCCAGGUACAAAAGCGCUAUACCGAAAUCUUCUCCAACGCCACGACUUCAGGCCAAGUCCGUCCUUUGGAAAUCCUGACUAAAGACCGGCUGCAAACUCCCACCAAACCCAAGGCAUCUGCCUCGAAGAUACCAAGCAUUCAACAACCAUCGUCAUCUGCCGCUGUCGCCAAGACGGAUGAGCUACCAACCACCGAGCGCACUAGCUUGUUGGACAUAUCCAUCCAGAUCACCAAGGCGGUUCGUGCCCAGCCCCAGCUCUUGACCUCCGGCAGCCGGAGUCGGCCAACCUGGCACGAGAAGAUACUCAUGUACGAUCCCAUCGUUCUUGAAGACUUCACAUCUUGGCUAAAUGUCGAAGGGCUCGGUCUCGUUGGCGAGGAUCGUGAGGUUGGUACGGCGACUGUGAGGGACUGGUGUGAGGGCAAGGGGAUCUGUUGCUGCUGGAAGAAGAAUGCAAGCUGGUGA